GCGGCGGCGAGUCCUUGUCUAAUCGCCGAACAAUCGCCGGCAGCCUUACAGCAAUCAGACCACUUUCAUCAUCCAUCGCUCAGAAAACUUGUGAGCUGUCGCAAAGCCGCCACAAGCUUCCCAACACACCAAUUCCCCUCUCAGAACAACUAUCCGUAGCCCAUAAUGAACACAGUCAAAUCAGUAUACUACGGCUGGGCGACCCUAAUAGUAGCGGGCGGUGGCGCCUACUUCUUCGCCAAACGCAGCAUAAACGCGGACCGCGCCGCAAAAGCCGAAGCCGACCGCCAAAAACGCAUCCGCCUCUAUGAACUCGAGCACGGCUUGCAAAACUCCGCUCCUACCACCACACCGCUGAAUCCAACUGCGAGACCAGGAACUACACAGGCGGCGCCGCAGAGCGUGACGAGCGAGGUGGGCAGGCUGAGAGCAGAGGGAGGAGGUAAUGGCGGCAUGGGGGGUGAGGGAAAUCCAAGUAUGCAGGCUAGUCAGGAUCCGGCGCCGACGAGACAUGCGCCCGAGAGUGAGGGGCAGAGGGUGGGCGAGAAGAGCAAGUAUGAGGCUCCUGAGGUGUAUCGAAGUCGGAAGGGGGAUCGCUUCUCAUGAGGCAUGACACAAGAGGAUGCUAUGAGGAUUGACGGUACAGCAGAAGAAUGAAUCACAUACUGGAGUGAGUUCAUAUAUAAAUGAGGCAUCGAUGGCGUUAUGGCAUGGAAGAUUCCACUCCUUGUAUUAUCGUACACC